AUGUUGACAACUGAGCUAUGGUUCAGGAUCCCUAUCUACAACGACUACGACGAAGAGAGUUCGAUAAGCAAAGCUUGGAUCGUGGCUGCGAGCAUCGGAGCAGUGGAGGUAUUGAAAGAUCAAGGUAUCUGUAGAUGGAAUUAUAUCUUGAGGUCACUGCAACAACACGCCAAGAACAAUAUAAGAUCCUUCUCACAACCUAAGAAGGUUUCUUCUUCUCAGGCGACUAUUUUAAUGGUGAAAACGGCUAAGAAGGCUCGAGAUGAGAAAUCGAAGCAGUCGGACGAGUCGCUCAGGAAAGUUAUGUAA